AUGAUUCCCACUAUUACCCUGCUUUGUUGCAUUUUGUUUUUCGCCUCCUCGGGCGUCUCGUUCACCCCAUGCCCGCUUCUAGGGCCAGCAUUCCCUGAGUUUACCUUGGAUACAAGCUCCGAAAUCCUAGCCCCUGCUCUCAAGGACCUCGCAGAAACGUUCAAUCGCCUGAUUUUUGAAGGGAAUGGCUCCCAUGGGGAGAUCUACCCUAAUACUACUUCUUUUAGUCUAUCAUUAUUCUCCGUUAAUCAAGGCAAUGCCAGCAACCAGCCCUUUUUCUUUGACUAUCACUACACGGCGCCGCCAUUGAAGUCUCACCCCGUGGGAAACGAUAGCAUAUAUCGCAUCGGCGGUUUGACUAAGAUUUUCACAAUCUGGACUAUUCUAAUUGAAGCGGGGGAUCGUAUCUGGAAUAAUCCUGUUACAGAAUACAUCCCCGAACUGGCCGAUGCGAUGAACCACCAGGAUGCAAAACAAGACCCGGUUAGCUAUGUCGACUGGGAAGUUGUUACGGUUGGCCAGCUUGCAAGCCAUAUGGCUGGAAUUUCUAGGGGUUCUUCUAUGCACAAUUUGGGUAAACCAGACGACUCUAAGUACACUGGUCUGCCAUCCACUUCUGCUUCUGAUAUACCCCCCUGUAUGUCGGGAUUUUCGUGCAACCGUACUGAAUUCUUUUCGUAUAUUGUCCGACAGCCUCCCGUAGCCCUCCCGGGGACUACACCUAUUUACUCAGACGACGCGUUUCGAAUUCUAGGAUACAUUGUGGAGCGAAUUACCGGAAAAUCUUUUGAAUCUGUGCUUAAUCAACGCAUUCUUGAGCCUCUCGAGCUGAGAAGGACAAGUCCAGCCUCACCGGAAAAUCCAUUGCCAGGAGUAGUCCUAGCGGAUAUGAAUAACCAUGAAUGGGCGAUGCAAGACGCAGCUGCACUUUCAAUGCUUUCCACUGUCACCGAUCUAGCCAUUGCCGGGAAGUCCAUCCUAUCGGCAACCCUCCUUUCGCGCGCCCAAACUAACCGCUGGCUGAAACCCGUUACCCACACUUCCAACCCUGCAAACUCAGUAGGGUAUCCCUGGGUUAUAUAUAGCGGUGGAGGCUACCCCAACACAUCGAUGAUAGAUGUGUAUACAGCUCUUAGUAGCAUCGGCUUGUAUAGCUCAUAUAUCGGCCUUGUUCCCGACUUCAACGUUGGGUUUACUGUUCUAGCUGUUGAUAGUACGACGAGCCCGGACCUCAAUCCCCAUGUUGGUGUUAUCGGCGAUGCUUUGCUACCGGCCUUAACCAAGAUUGCAACCCUUCAAGCCAGUGUCAAUUUCGGUGGAGUCUACUCUUCACCCACACAAAACUCGUCUAUUUCUAUCUCGGCGGAUAGCUUCCCCGGUCUAUUCAUUGAUACAUGGAUCAGCAACGGCACCGAUUUCCGGAAGACAUUGGCGGCCCUGAAUGGGAUCAAGGAGGUUGAUUCUGUGAGCAUACGACUUUACCCAACACAUCUUAUCUCCAAGCGAGCGUCUACGUCGAGACAAGCAUUUAGAGCAGUCUUCCAGGACAAAGAUGAGUUCGCUGACUAUGGGACGCCCACCUGUGUAUCAUGGUUGAGCGUUGAUAGUGUCAAGUACGGGGGAGCAUCGCUUGAUCAGUUUAUAUUCGAGGUAGACUCCCAUGGCAAAGCUUUGGGUGUUGAAAUCCCAGCAUCACGGAUAAUGCUAGAAAAACACGCAUAA